CUGCGUUAGCCAGCACUUGACCCCAUCUUCUGACGUUGCUGCACGAAUUUGCAGCUCUUGCAUUUUAAUUUGCUAAAAUGUUGGGCGAUGACGAUGAUCUAAACAUAUACGGCGACUUGGACGACUUCCAAAAUGCCGAGGAGAAGAAAUCCAAAGAGCUGCAAGCCUGGGAGACCCAAUGCAAAGGCGCACAGGCCGAAAUCGAGUGCUUAAAGGUGGAAAAUAAGGCGCUCAACAAGAAGAUCAGAGCCAUGGAGGUCAAUCUGCAGAAUCUCAUGGACACGGCCAAGGCGGAAAUCAAGCGAAAGGAGUCUUUGAUUACGCAGCUGCGCAAGGAGAAAGACGACCUAUGCUUCAGGCGAAAGCGGGGUCGAGCUGAUGAGGAUCCCAAGGCUGCUGGCCAGGAGCACAAACGCUCCAAACUGUCGGAGCCCGUGACCAACAAAUUUAAGACUGCGCUCGGCAAUGAGUCAAAGAAUACAAACCACGAGAAUGAACGACCCAGAAUGCUGGCAGAGGAGCAUGUGACCAACAAAUUCAAAACUGUGGUCCCCACUGAUUCCAAGAGCACAGAGCACAAACGACCAAAACUACUGGCGGAACCGGCGACCAAUAAACUCAAGGCUGAGUCCCAGGAGCCAAGGAAGCACAAACUGGAGGAAACUGUGACCAACAAAUUCAGAAUUGAGCCCAGGGCAAGUGAUAAAAUGAAUCAUCAAAAGAGCUCAACAGGUGGAGAGUCCAGGACGCAUGACAACAAGGACAGCAAGCGCACAAACCGCAGCCGAUCCCCCAGGGAGGAUCGACACAGACGCGAGCGACGCCGCAGUCGCAGUCGUAGCGCCAAACGUUCCCACAGACAUGAACAUCAUCGUGGCCGCCAGAGCAAGGAUCGCUCCAGCAAACGCCGAAGUGUUUCUCGAUCCCCCAACCGAACGGCAGCCGCAAAGCAAAGUGCUCGGCAGCCGGAUGAUCGCUCCAAAAGGACAGAGACACAGAAAGAAGCCACCGUGACGACUCUCUUCGGUGAGGAGACAAACGACCAAGUUCUAGCCAGUCCCAAUCUGGAAAUGAUCAAGAAAAUGAAGUCCAACACGUCCCCAGCGACGUCAGUGGAGCUGUACACACCAGAAAGCCAAUUGCAGGCACCGAUCCGUGGAGGGGACAAGCCCGCAAAAAACGAAGAGAUUAGCAUCUCUGAUAUUGAUGGGUACUUCCAGGUGAAUCCUCUCGCCAAACACUGCAGUCUGCCAGCGUCGCAAGUCAUCCCGGAGACCCUGGAGCAAGCUGAGCCAAAAGCUGGAGCCUUUUCCUGGGCAAGCAAUUUCGAUAAGCAACUGAUACCAGGAUUGGAUAUGAUUUGUCAGCUGCCUUCGCCCAUUAAGAAUACAACGCAACAGCCUGAAGACGUCAAUUUGGGUACUCAGAAAAUAGAUGCAAUUGAAGAUUGUAUCAUUGAUCAUACGGAGGAAGUGAAUACUCGACACAUAGAGGAUUGUAAGCCAACAGAAUCGAUGGGGGAAAUGGAGCAAGAGAGUCUGUCCCUGGAGCCAGUACCAGCCAUACCCGAAGCUCCAAUCAAAGACGAGGGUAGUCCAAUGGACAUUGAAAUUCCAGGCACGAAUAUUACACCCGAAGCGGCAUUACACAGCGAAACUCCAAGCAAAGACGAAGAUAUUUCUAUGGAUAUCGAAGCGCCUAGCUUAAAUCUUACACCCGAAUCCGAAGAAAAGGAAGAAACUCAAAUUACGACGCCAGUUGAUGCCGCCACAGCACAAGUGGACGAUGCAAGUCCCGAAUUAAUGAAGGAUGCCGUUGAUCAGGCAACAGGAGCAGGCACCCCCACCAAACGUUCGGACACGAUUUUAGAUGAUGAUUGCCCCACACCAAGACGUCCCAGUGAAAUAACUGAGGAUCAAGCAUCAGAAGAGAUUAAAGCCCCGACAAAAUGUUCGGCUAUGAAUACGAUUUUAAACGAUGACUGUCCCCCGUCAGGGCAUGCCAGCCAGAUAACUGAAGUCAUCGAAAUAAUUGAGGAUAUACGAUUGCCAGCGAUAGUGGACAUUGAGAAUAUUGCCAUAACCGUCGAUGUUCCCUUCGAUUCAUCAGAAAUGACUUCAGAUGGGAACUCGGAAUCCCAAGACCUAAAUGUCGUUGAUGGUAAGAUUGAGAGCGAGGCUGAGCUUCCUGUUGCACUGGAUGAAGAUGAAGAUAUGCAGAUUGAACAGGAAACUUUUGGAGAUGAGACGGCGGCUGACGGAUUAGAAGACGAACCAGCGCCAAUUGAGAGACCUGUAAUAGCAGCACAAGGAUUAGAGAAUGAAAUUACUCUAGCUGAGACUCCAGCGUUUGAGAAUCUUUUUACUGAAACCCCUGCCAUUGAGACGCUUCCAACUGCAACUCACGGAUCAGAGAAUGAUAUCCCGGAAGCUGAGACGCCUGUGAUUGAGGCUGCAGUGACUGAGACAAAGAAUGAGAUGGAUAUUGUUUCAAUGGAUACGCCUGCUUCAGAGUCUCCUCAGACUCUUGUGACUGAGAUUCCCUUCAUGGAGACUCCUGUAGUUGCAGUUUACGAAUCGAAGAAUGAGACUUGUGCCAUGGAGACUCCUGAGACGGAGACGACUGUAGCUGCCGUUUACGAAUCCAAUGAUGAGAUUCUUGUUGUGGAGACUGCUGCUGUAGAAACACCUGUCAUUGAGGAGACUCCAGAUAUUAUGGAGACUUUUGUCAGAGAGAUUCCUUUCAUGGAGACACCUGUAGUUGCAGUUUACGAAUCGAGAAUUGAGUGUAAUGCAAAUGAGACUGCUGCAAUUCAAUCAACUGGAAUUGAGAUUCCUAUACUUCCGCCCCACGGAUCCAUACAUGAUUCUCUGAUAGUUGCAGCGACUUCCAAGCCUUCCAGCAUUUUGUAUGCUCAGCCAGACUCAACGAAGACCGACAACAGCGAGGAUAUGGUGCUGGAGGCGGCCAUGAAUGAGUUGACUGGCGAGCAGGAGCCGGUGCCGAGUGCCGCCAAUACGAGCUAUCCGAAUCUCACACUCGCCGAGGACACCAUCGAAAUGGCACUGCAGCAGCUGCAUCAGACGUCGCCGGACGAAACGAAAGUGACGUCAACCUCCAACAAAUCCCAAAAGUCGCCCCAAAAGGACUUGGCGCAAAUUCUUACCGCAUCCCCUCUUCAGCUGAGUCCAGCGAAGUCCACGCCCAAGGGUAGAAAGACGACACCAGAGAAACUGAGAGUCGAGAAGACUCCGCUCAAGAAGCGGAAGAUCCACAUGCCCGAGGAUCUGCAGACGGACGAGUUGCUGGUGCCGCAGACACCGCCACCAUCCCAGCCAUCGAUAGCGCACGGCAUCGAGGCAUCCCCGACGCUGGAGCAUGUGACCAUUGAUGAGACGCUAGACGAGAGUCCCAAUCGCAGCUUUGGCAGCGACACCUCGGUGGUGACCAAACGCUGCUCCAUGGGCUCCACGGACUAUCAGUUCGAGCGCAUCAACGACGAGAUCGUGCUGCGUGUAUCGCGACGCAAGCGACGACCGCGUCCAUCCCCUGCACCGCUAGAUGAUGGUGAAAAGAGUGCUGGAACCUAAACAAUUGUUAUUUCAUUAUCAUUAUCGUUUUGUAAUAUAAGAGGAUCGCUAGAGUGUACAUUUUGAACUGCUGAAUAUCGCCAACAGAAAACGAUAUCUGAGUAUAGAAGGACAAACCAUUCGCUCGCUGAUAUUUGUAAUUUUGAAACAUUGUUUGCCCCUCCCUGAAUUAAUGGAAUUUUUAAAUUUAAUUUGCACUACCAUAAUGUUGAAGCGGAUUUAAGUUGUUAGAACUAUUUGUAGAAUUUUGUAAAAUAUGAAUGAAUAUGCCCAUGAAGGGACUUU